CAGAUGUCUCCCACCCAACGGUUCCUCCAUAUUCGAGUUGCCCAUGUGAAUUUGGUUCAAGACGCCAUCCUAGUGGCCAACGUUGACCAAAGUGUGGGAACGAAUAAAGGAUGUUUCUCACAGAUCGGCGACAAGGAUAUAGCGGGUGGUGAGUCUGGGAGCUAGGACCUGACGCUAAGCCUAAAGCGCUCUGCUGCUGCUCUUUGAAUCCACCGCUUAGCUCGACUCUUCACUUAACCACCAACGGUGGCUCCUGUAGCCAUGUCCUUCUUCCGGAGCCAACCCGAUGUAGAGACACGCUUGUGUACGGCGGUCAACGUCGCUAUCCAAGCCGGGGAUCCAUAUCAACUGCAGUCGAUUGUGCUUCUGGAGCCAGGUGAAGGCAAUGCUUUUCCACCCGAUCAUCAAGAACUCAUUAAAUCCUUGCAGCAGAAUUACCCUGCUGGCAAUGGAGAUUCUGAGAAACGUCUUGAAGAUCUUGUCAGACGGGUUGUGACUGAGACAGCAGAGUCAGAGGACGAGGAGGGUAGACCAGUACAGUCUUGGGGUUCGUUGGUUACUUUUCUCGUCGGAUGGAUGACCUUUCUCCGAGACGUAGACGCAGAGAAUUUGGUUUUGGUGUUUGAGCUCAUGACAGAUCUUCAACCGCGAGCAAACAGCGCCUUACAACAUCCUACUAAAGGCAUCCUGAUGCUUCCCACCAUCAUGUACUAUGCAAAGGUGUUUGCAAGAGUGGCGAUUGGACUAGAGAAGCGGCCCGACCUGACAAUGCAUCUCAUCACUACCGACGUCGACGAGGAUGGGCAAAGUGAAUCAUUGCCCGAAAGGGCGGCCAACAUUGUACGACAGGCCUUCAUUAUAUGCCUCAAUGACCGUAAUACGGUGCCAGGUGGCAUCAAAGACGGCAAACCUGAUGGAAAGAAGGUUGGAAUCUACAAAAUGGCAAAUAUAUGUUUGAAGACUUUGUUUCAGGCCGAUAAGCUUGGAAGCUGCGAAACCAUCUUCAACAACAUAUCCAACUCAUCACCACCACUACACAUUUAUCCAGCUGCGGAACGCAUCACCUAUCUUUACUACCUCGGGCGAUACCAAUUCAGCAACACCAACUUCUACGGAGCUCAGCUCGUUCUGGAACUAGCUUACAGAGGCUGCCACAGGCAAUGUCCGAGUCAACGUCGCUUGAUUGCCGUCUGCCUUGUCGCUGCCAACAUCAUCCUUGGGCGUUUCCCAAAUGAAUAUAUCUACAAUGACCCUGCAUGCGUAGGCUUCCGCGAAGUAUUCGAACCGCUCACUCGUGCAAUUCGCAAGGGCGACCUCGAAACUUUCCGUCGGAUAACGAACCUGGACCUCUCACAUCCAAGUGCAGAGUUCAUGAUCAAGUACCGGAUUUUCUACCCGAUUGGCAACUAUUGCGAGGUUCUCGUAUGGUGGGCACUUCUCCGUAAGACUUUCAUCCUCACCGGAAGCAUAGGCGAAGCAUCAAAAUCAGCAGCUUUGCUCGACCUCAACGCAGCCGUUCUUAUCUUCCGCUUCCUCGAGGCGCGUUCGCUCAUCAAGAACGCUGCCAUGGCCGCGCAAGACCGCGGCCCAGGUCGUCGCAAUUUCGGCCAUAUCUACCAAGACCACGCAUCAACAAAUAAGUCAACAUACAUCGACCCUGAUUUCGUUGGCAUGGAAGGGGUGCAGCCAUACACCCACGAGUUUGAUCUGUUGGAGAUGGAGUGCAUCUGCGGCAGCCUCAUUACUCAAGGCUAUUUGAACGCAUACAUUGCUCAGGCGAAGCAAAAGCUAGCUAUUCAAGGUGUAAAGACGGGUAACCUGAGUGCAGGAUUUAUCAAUCCGUGGGAGGUCAACAAAGACAGAAACAAGGAUGAGGUGCUUGGAUGGAAGAAAGAAGCUGGAGGUGAUGGAGGGCAGGUUGUAAGGUUGUCGUUCGCGGCACCGGCUGGAUCGUAGGAGACGUUGCGAAUGAUACCCUGGUACUUAUGUUGGAUAUGGAUAUGUCCUGAUAAGGAUCUACAUUUGCGUGUGUUGUUAAUCCAACGCAUAUCAAACAUUCAGAAAAAACUCUGUCAAUGCCGACCUGCCUCUGUUGAUCGUAGUAAGCCAUCAAAUCUCGCACUGGCCUUGGUCGUUUCUUCACCCUUGCACUUCAUCUCGUGUCCGGCUAGAAGGUAAAGGUCGCACCAGAACUUUUCACAUUUGCUACACUGUAUUCUCCUCAAGGGUCGCGUUUGUGCAAGCCAGCGUGCGUUGCAUACGCGCGAGAAUCCAUAGGUGCUUCCAUGCGAACCAGCCACGGACAUGUCCGAAUGGUAUACAGGUCCGAGCGCUCACAUUUCUUUGCGUGUUGUAUCACACUAUCGUAGGUUGAGAGUAGCUAGUCGCAUUCUUCGGGCAAUGUAUCCUGCAGAUGC